ACGCGUUUGUGGCUUCAGACGGCGAGUGGCAGUCGUACAACAAAGACGUAGUAAUCCAAAGUUUCCAGAGGCCCAAAAGUCCCCCUGCUGAAAAGUUGGUCAGGCAACUUUUUCAAACCAACCGAGACCGCUGAAAAAUAAAUCGUACAACGCAAAACUCCUCUUACUUUUUGUCGAAUUUUUGGAAAAUCCUCUACUGCUAUAUAGAUGACCGAGAAGGAUACCGUCUCGAUGGCUACCGUGCAAAUGAAGCCCGACUAUGCGGCUAGCGAGGUCUACAGCACCGCCAGCGAACCGCCACCGAUGGGAUUUUUUAACUUUAAUCAUCAGGCCUACAAGCGCCAGGCGAAUUCGGUGAAAAUUGCCAAGAUCACCGCCUUCACCAUCAUCGUGUCAGCCUUCAUCCUGGGAUCCUUCAUCCUGGCCUCCUCCUAUCUGCAGGCCAAGGCCUCCUGCGAUCAGGUGCAGGCCCUCGAUUCGGUGCUGGAAAAGGAGCUAAUGCUCGAAACUCUGCAGCAGGUGGGCAAGGAACUUCCCCGUGCUGAGCCUCUGCUGGGAGGAGCUGCUGGAUCUGCCGAUGACUCCGAACUGCAGAGCCUGGAGCCGGAAAGUCGCAAGACUGAGGCCACCCAGGACGCCGAGGAGCACUCCGACAAGGACAACUCCUACUCCGACAGCGAUGAGACCGAUGAGCUGCAGAAGUUCCCCGGCAAGAUGCCACUCGAGCUGGACUUGAGUGACCUGGCUGCCGCCAUUCUGCGCAACAACAAGAAAUCUCGCAUGAACUGUGUGGUGGAGCGCAAGCACGCCGAGGAGAUUGUCGACUCGCCCUCGAAGACGGUGGCCCUGCCCUUCGGAGUCAACCUGACCACGGAUCCCAAGAAGGCCCGCAUCACCGGCGAGCGCAUCUCGAUCUUCUGCGACGGCGGCGACGACAAGGACAAGGAGGAGAAGGAGGCCAAGCGCCAGCGCGAGCAGGAGGAGGAGGAUUCUGAUGAGGAUGCCGAGCCACUGAGGCCCAUGUUCAUCCCGUUCCAGCGAGUGCCCAUUCCCUUCGGACGCAUUCCCGACCAGAUGCCGCUGACCCAUAUGCCCCAGAGAAUGAUGCCGCCAGCCAUGCAGAUGCAACAGCAAUUGCCCCAGCAGCAACAGCAGGGACCCUUCAUCAUCCGCCAGCUGCCUCCUCCAUUCCAGCACCUGCCCAUGCGUCCUCCCAUGCCACCCCAGGUGAUGCAGGCUCCUCGCAUGGAGUCCUCCGAGGAGAUGCAAAUGCCCAAGGUCCAGACCGUGCGCAUUCACAUGCAGCAGAUCCCCUUCCGUGAGAUCCAUGUGGCCGAUGAUGUGCCCGUCCAGAUUCCCGCCCAGCAGCAGCGUCAGGAGAUGCAGCACCGCCAGGAGAUGCAGCAGCGCCAGGAGAUGCAGCAGCGUCAUGAGAUGCAGCAGCGCCAGGAGAUGCAGCAGCAGCAGGAGAUGCAGCAGCGUCAUGAGAUGCAGCAGCGCCAGGAGCAGCGCGAGAUCCCCCAGAUUCAAAUCCAGCCCAUGCCCUUCGGAAUGGCUCUGCAGCGUGUUGGCAUCACCGCCGACGAUCUGAGGAACAUUCAGCGCAUGGCCGAGGAUCGCAUCACCGACGAGCUGCGUCGCCUCGCCGCCGAGGAGGGUGCGGAAUCCAGUGAGAGCAGUGAUGAAGACGUCUCCAACUCCGCCGAGCAGGCCACCACCGAGGCCCAGACCACGGUGCCCCAGCAGCAGCAGACCGCUCAGCCCGAACAGCAGCAACAGGAGGAGCAGCACCAGGAAGUCAGCCAGGAGCGACAGGAGCAGCAGCAGGUGCCCCAGAUGCGCAUCCAGCGCUUGAUCCUGCAGCCUCUGCCUGAGCAGCCCCGUGACACCAUGACCCCGCCCAUGCCCGACCAGCCCCAGCAGCUGCCCUUCGGCCGCAUGGUCUACGGACGCAGUCUGGCCCAGCCCGUCCGCAUCCCGGUGCCCAUGAUGCAGGCCAUGGAGGGAGGAGCUGCUGCCCCCGAAGAGUCCCAGCGACCACACUUCGUCCAGCCUCGUUCCGUUUAAGUAACAAGAAGACCACGCCUGUGAUUGCUGCUGUGCGAAUCGAAUCUCGACGAGAGGGUAGACCGAGAGGAACUAGGAGAAGGAGUCAUCAUGUACCCAACUAAAACCCGAAGAAUCUUAGAUUGUAACCGAAUCGUCUCGAUUUGUUUUGUAAUUAAAGCAGCUUAAAAGAAAAAGUAAAAAAACCAAAACUAAUCAACAAGUUUUAAACAUGCCUUUCCACCCGAUUUUGGCCUUCUUCUAAAAGCGUAUGCUCUAUAUAUCAUUUUUGUAUAUUUUAUAUUAAUGCGUGUAUAACAUUCCAAACAACAACAACAACAACACAGAAAGCAAUCUCCUGUGAAAAAGAAAAUUGUGAAAGUUUUCCAAGUAUUUUUCUUUCAGUUUUUUGAAUUGUCUACAGUUUUGUUUUUCACAUACACACAAAUAAAUCCGAUGGAAAUUUUUGUACAUAAAUUAUUAUCGUAUUUUUAAUGAAUUAAAAAUAAUUGUCUCGUGUAGUUGUUAGUAAAUUAAGAACGAAGAUAAAGCUGAUCUGAUCUUGAUAUAAUCAAAUUCCAAAACCAACGACAGCGAAGAGAAAUUUGUACAUUAUAUAUGAACAUAUAUACUAUAUACACACUCACAUUUUGAAGCGAAUAAAAUUGUGGAUAAUUGGAAAUCAAA